AUGGCAGCCAGAAUAUCUGAUGUCAGGAUUGAUGUCAAUGCCACUAGUUCACCAUCAAACUCUCCAGGAGCGGGUAAUGGAGUUGAGGUUGGAAAUUCAACUUUAGAUCAAUUAGAUGGGCUUGUGCCAGAUCUGUAUUUGUUUACAAAUGAAGGAAGAAUAAGCUAUAUAACGUAUGGUGUGCCCCUUUAUCAAGCUGCGAUGAAGGGCGCUGUUGACGAAGUCGGUCGAAUUAUAGGACAAAACAAACAGGCGUUGCGGCAGAGUAUAACAGAAGGAAGGGAAACUGUUCUUCACAUUGCUGCAUUAGGAAAACAAGUUCAGUUGGUAGAGAAAUUGGUGGAAUGGAUAAAUGCUCAAGGCUUGCAAGUCGCACUGCGUCUUAGGAACACAGAUGGAAACACUGCUCUUUCUUACGCUGCGAUAUCUGGAAUAGUUCCACUUGCGGAGCUUAUGGUUAAUGAGGAUCAAGGCUUGCCCAAAAUUCGAAAUAAUGCAAGAGUGACUCCGCUUCAUUUAGCUGCUUUGUUAGGACACAGAGACAUGGUGAAGUAUCUCUAUGAACACACUGAUGCUGAUUUGACCGAUGCAGAACGACAUGGAAUAUUUAUUAUAUGCAUUAGAACUGGUCUAUACGAUGUAGCCUUUGACCUGCAAAACAAGGAACCAAAACUAGCUACAAAACGAGGUUCAAAUCAGGAGACAGCUUUGCACGUGCUUGCUCAAAAGCCUUUAUUGUUUUCUGUAAAUGAAAAUCGACUAGGAAUAUAUAGCAGAAUAAUCAGUCGUUCAGGGAUGGAUCAUGAUAGUUUGAAGCUUGAUCAGGCUCUUCAGCUUGUCAAGAGCCUCUGGGAAAAAGUAUUGCAGCAAAAUCAUGAGCAGAUGUGGUCUCUUGUUGAGCAUCCUACAGUACUAAUGCUGGAUGCAGCGCAGUCAGGAAACGUAGAGUUUUUAGUUCAGCUUAUCAACCUUUAUCCGGACCUGAUUUGGAGAGUAAAUAGUCAAAACCAGAGUAUAUUUCAUCACGCCAUUUUAUAUCGUCAUGAGAGUAUUUUCAGUCUGAUCCACGAGAUAGGUUCAAUCAAGGAUUUGAUAGCAACUUAUGAAGAUGACAACAAAAACAACAUGCUGCACUUAGCGGCACGGUUACCGCCUCAAGAUCGACUCAAGAUUGUAUCAGGAGCGGCUCUUCAAAUGCAGAGAGAGCUCUUGUGGUUUCAGGAGGUGGAAAGUUUGGUGCAGCCUUCCUGUAGAGAACAGAGAAAUAAUGAAAACUUUACACCCUGGGAAUUGUUCAUGGAGCAACACAAAGGUUUGAUGAAAGAAGGGGAAGAAUGGAUGAAAAAAACGGCUGAAUCAUCGCUGAUGGUCCCAACACUAAUUGCCACUGUAACGUUCGCCAGCAUCUUUACUGUCCCAGGUGGUUCAAAAGAUAAUUCAGGGGAACCUAACUUCCUGCGGAGAAUGUCCUUCCUGGUGUUUGUCACAUCAGACGCAAUGGCGCUGUUCUCGGCUUUGGCUUCAAUCCUGAUGUUCUUAUCCAUCCUCACUUCACGUUACAAGGAGCAUGACUUCAUCAAGCGAUUACCAUUCAUGUUGAUGAUUGGGCUGGCAACCUUCUUCAUGUCCAUCGGUAGCGUAAUAGUAGCUUUCAGUGCCACCGUGUUCAUAAUUUAUUACCAUGGACAUCUCUGGGUCCCUGCAGCCAUCGCCACUUUAGGCUCUGUGCCAAUUUCUUUGUUUGCUUCCCUGAACUUACCUCUUUUUAUUGAUGUAUGGAAUUCAACUUACGAUUCAAGGUCCCUGUUUCAUCCUCGGAAUAAGCUUUUCAAGCAGCCCUAUCACAUCACUUCUCCUUGA